AUAUAAUGUUGAUGAUGAUUUUGGUGCAAUAUUGUCCUUCUUUGCCAAUAUAGUAACUACUUCAUUUAAAAUGAGGGAGUUUAUUUCUGUAAUUUGCUCCUCCUCAUUGUAGGUUAUUGCUUCUGCUCUAUUUAACAAAAUAUGUAUAGGCUUUGUUAGUGUGGAAAAACACAGGUUUGGGUGCCAAGUUUCGAUUCAAUACUUGCUUAUGCUGUUGUGUACAGAUUUCUAGUAACCUUGUGAGAAAAAGAAAAUGUACUGCACAGAUGUAUCUCUUGAGAUCCAUUCUAUGUACCAAAACCUUACUGAUGGUUUAGAAGAACAGGUACUUUCUAUACAAGAUUCCUUGCUUCAACUGCAACAACUGUUGACAGAUCUUCCCCAUGAUAUGCUGGAAGAUAGUGGAGAUCACCUCUCUGACUAUAGUGUAACUGGAGACCAUGAACGUUUAAAUGAACCUUGGGAACAGAAUGGCAACCAAUGGAAUGAUCAUCCAGUUGCAACAAACACACAAAAUGAUUAUGAACAGGGUCAGAAUGUGUAUGGUGAACACUUUCUGUAUGAUCAAGGAAAUAUCCAAGGUGAAAUGCGUGCCAGAGAAUGGCCUGACCAUCACAAUGAAAGUGAAGACAAAAGCAUGUAUGAGAUCUCUGGCAGGGUUAGUGAAAAUGGGUCUGACGACGUGUAUCUCGGUGGAGACGGAUUUCAAACUCCUAGCCAAUACCAACAAACCAAUGCGUAUCACCUUCCAGAAAACUUUAGACCGUUUACCAAUGGACACCAGCAAGAACUCAGUAACCAGCACAGCAAAAAUCCAAACAUCAUUGAUGCUAAGAACGAGCACUUGAAGUUUGGCACUUCAGAAGCAACUACCAAGCAAUCCGUGGAGCCUUAUAAAGUACUAUAUAAGCCAUACCAGAAUAACAUUCAGCAGCCAGUCCCUGUUUCUCCAGAUGCAGCGAGAAGAAAUGAAAUGUUUGAAGAAAUGCAGCAAGAAUUUCUGGGAACUAGUGAGAAUUCUUCAGAAAACAUGCAGAUUCUACAACUUCAAGUUCUUAAUAAAGCAAAAGAACGAAAACUGGAGGAAUUUAACAAGCAGCUGGAAGAAAGGGCACAGCAGAUUAGGUAUCUCUCUCAUCAGCUUGCAAUCAUGAAAGAUGAAAAAGAUGGCAUGUAUCUUAGUCUUCAGGAAAGUCAAAAACUCUAUCAAAAUGGCAAGGAAAGAGAACUCCAGCUUGAAGGCCAAAUAAAAGCACUUGAAGCCGAAAUUCAAACUCUAAAGACCAACGAGGAGCAGUUGGUCAAAAAAGCCAAAGUAGCAGAAGUUGCCAUGGAAAGCGUGCAGCAGCAACUCUUAGAACUUAGGCGAUCCGAUUCCCUUCAGCGCGCAAGGGAGCAGCACGAGGCCAUUGUUGCAGCACUCCAACAGAAAAAUGAAGAACAAGUCUCAUCUCUGCAGCAGAAACUUGAUGCUAAGCAUGUAGCACUGCAGGAGCAGACAGAACUUUGCUGCCAUCUCAAGGAAAAUGUGAAGCAACUUGAAAGAACUCUUGAAGAAAGCAAAUUAGAAAAGAAUGAAAUGAUCAAUCGACUCUCGAGGAGCCUAGAAGAAAGUCAGAAUCAGUGUGCGAAUCUCCUCCAGACAGGAUUGGUCACAGAAACAAAUCAAUUACGGAUACAGCUUCAACAAGCUCAUUCUGCCCACUUAAUAAGUACUGAAAUGAACAAAGCUCUGCAGGAAGAGUUGAAGGAACUAAAAGAAGAAAUUAGUUUAUAUGAAUCUGCUGCAAAACAUGGCGUGUUUCUCAGUAACCCAGAUGGAGGAUUGAAUGCAGACAUGUCUGAUUCAUAUGUCGAUUUGGGCAUUAAAAAGAAAACAAAACUGAACAGUUCAGAAGGAAAUAGAGGACUUUCUAAAGAUGAGAUAAUCUUAGAGCUAAAGGAUGAAAUGGAACGCUUGCUGAGAAGUCACAAAUCAAAGCGGAACCGGAUUUCCCAAUUGCAGAAUGACCUUGAAGAUUGCCAGAGGACAAUCGAAGAACUGAAGCAGCAGCUGAUAAAGACAAAUGUAUACGAGUGUAAAGGAAAGAAUAUUCAAGGAUCAUCUGAUACUUUACAGUCCACUACCUUUGAGGAAAUUCUGAAGCUCAGAAAAGAAAAUGAAUUUUUGCGGCAAGAAACUGAGUGCCAUCAUACACGGGUUCAAGAACUUACAAAAAAACAGGAAAAACUGCAAAAUGCAAAUCAAGAGCUGUGUAGUCAGAUGAGACAAAUGGUUCAGGACUGUGAUCGUGAUAAGCAAGAAGCCCUUGACAGAUGUGAAAGGACAUAUCAACAACAUUAUGAGGAUGUGAAGAAAAAGCUUUGUGAAGAGCUGAUGGAAGGGCAUAAGGAAAAAGAAAAAAAGCUUAUCCAGGCUUAUGAAGAGAACAUUUGCCAGUUAAAGGCUGACAUUGAUGAAUUGAACAAAGAGAUGACUGCAGUGAAGGAAUGUUACAUUGCUGUCUGCAGAGAUAGAGAUGAAUUGGAAUCUACUUUAAAAGCAGGGUUUGAACAAGAGCAACAAGAGAGGGAAGACAAGCUCAAGAAACGGUUAUUGGAGGAAAAGGAAGCAUCUUUGAGCAAGCUGAGGACAGAAUUAGAAGAAGCUCACCAGAAUGCCAUGGUACUCGCUAAGGGUCAGUGGCAGAAAGAAAAAGAAGAUGAGAAGAAGAAGCACACUGAGAAUGAAAUUGCUAAAGCCAAAGCCCUUUGGGGGAAAGAACUGGAACAGGCCAAAGAGCAAGUUAUCCAGGAGGUUGAAAAAGAAUGGCGGAGUAGAUUGGAUCAAGCUCUGGAAGAAGCGAAGAGACCAGUCCUAGAACUCAAAGAUCACGGCAACCAAACAGAACCGUUAUCCAUCAAAGAUGACAUGCUACGCCAACUCAUUGCAGAGGCGGUUGAAGAGCAAACACUCCUAUUUCGGGAAACACUGAAGGAAAAGGAAAAUGCACUGAGAGAACAUGAAACUAGACAUCACGAAAGCAUUGCUAGUCAGGUGGAAUCAGCUCUCACGAAGGCUCGAACCAGGUGGUUACAGGAACUGACUCAGCUUGAGGAGUUCAAAGCGCAUCUCAAAGUAGCCAAGGGAAAAUGGGAGAAGGAAUCUGAACUUAGCACCGCAAAACAGGUCUCAUUGGUUCUUUCUGCCACUGAAGAGAAAUGGAAGAAGGAAAUCGAGAACAGUGAUAAACUUAGAGUCAGGAACAAGGAGCUGGAAGAAAAAAUAUUUUCCCUUAAAAGGGAGCUGGAGCUGAAAAAAGACGAAAUCCCAGCCAUUGUUAAAACCGAACUGGCAAAAGCGCGGACUCAGUGGAACAAGGAAAAGCAGGAGGAGGUGCACAGGAUACAAGAACAAAACGAAAAAGAUUACCACUCCUUUUUGCAAGACCACAGGAACAAAAUCAACGAGGUCCUUGCAAAAGUCAAAGCAGACUUUGCAAAGCAAAAGAAAGAAUUGCUCGAUCAGAAAGAGACGGAGCUGAAGAUGCACCUGGAGCAAAAGCAACAAGAGUGUGCCGUUCAGGAAGCUAAGAGAUUGCAAAAUGAAAUCAGCCAAUAUGAGGACAGGAUCCUGGUUCAGGUGGAACUCCUCCUAGAUGACAUGCACAAGGAUUUGGUCAGAUGCGCAGGUGAUCAGCGUACAUGGCAAGCAAAGUGGACUCUUCAUCCUCUUCAUGGCAACCCUCCAUUCAAAGAGAAACUGACAUUUUGUCUACAGAAAGCAUAUAAAGCCACCAUCUGUGCCAUUCUCGAGAAACGCAAACAAACAUGGAAGGAGAAACAUGAGGAUAUGGGGUAUAAUUUCAAAGAUUUGGAGGACCGUUGCCUGCAAAAUGAAGGAGAAACUGGGGACAAAGCAAGGCCUAUCUUGUAUGAUGUGGGACAGCAAAUCGAAUUACAAAGAAUGUUAAGAAAGAAGCCAUCUUUGCAGGAGACGGAAGUGGAUACUGGUUCUAACUACAGGAAGCAAAACCUGUUACCUCAAGAAGGCAUUUGUUGUGACCGUUGCCGCCAUCAGAUUGAAAGAAAAGAAAAAGAAUGUCAGGAUUUGAAAAAGAAACUUGACAAAGCUUGCAAACAUCUCCAGCUUGCUGUGAAGGAACAGAAGUCAAAACUGGAACAAGACAAAACUGUGGAGGCUUUAACAGAAGAAAACUCUGUGUUGAAGACUAAACUUGACAAUCUGAAAUCUGCUAGUGUUCCCCCAAGAUCAUUGUCGGAAGGGUAUGUCUCAAAGCCUUGCACUUCCUGCGAUGGAAAAGCUUUGGAAGAAAUGCGUUCCCAGUAUAUUAAAGCAGUGGGCAAAAUCAAGAGUGAUAUGCUUCGUUACAUUCAUGACAGUAAAGAGAGAGCUGCAGAAAUUAUUAAAUCAGAAGUAUUAAGGGAACGCCAGGAGACGGCCCGGAAGAUGCGCAAAUACUACCUUAUUUGUCUUCAGCAACUUCUGAAUGACGAUGGAAAGCAUGAAGGGGCUGAGAAAAAAAUUAUCUGUGCUGCCGGCAAGAUUGCAACAAUGGCUAAAGUACUGGAAACCCCUGUUCGUAACUCACCUCCGAACAAAAUAACCCACUCGGCCCUGUCACAAACCUCCAACGUUAAUGGAGCUAAAAGAAAUUACAUGCAGCAAGCCAGGCCAACAGCGAUGGAAAAUCAUGACGAAAGUGUAGGCCACAAACCUCCAACCCAGAGACGCAUCCCUUGUAGCUUACAGCAGCAUCUUGAGACUGUUGAAAGCCAUUCAGCACCGGUUCCCCAAACCCAGCUUGAUGGGAAGGCCUUUCAGCAAUUGAGUGACCCUUCGGUUAUUACUGAUGGUGAAACUAGAAGCCACCACCAACCUCCUCCUGUCCCAUUCCAGAAGCAUCCUCCAUGUUUUUCCGAAGGGAAAUUCCAAGGCAUCAGUCCAAUUAACAGUACAGAUGGUGGUUCCGACUCGGAGGCAACUUGUGUAAGAUUUAAGAACUUACAUGAAAGAUUGGCCAUAAAGGAACGUAGCUGUCCUCAGCCUGUUAGCCAUCAGAAAGACCCCUCUACCUUUGAAAUCCGGGAAACUCCAGUAAGGGAUGACGGUUGCUCUUCUGACUGGAGCCUGGUGAGCGAGACUCUCCAAACGGACAGCAGUGAUGCAUUGUCUUUGUACCCAGUUCAUAAACCCCAUUCCAGGGCACCACUGGAAUCCUGCUCACAAUUUCCCACUACAAAUCUCUUUUCUCACGCCAAGGAAAAUUCACAUGUGUUUUGCCACCAGUCUGCUGGUCAUGAAGAUGGGCCCCUCAUUGCAAAAAGACAGGGCAUGAAUUACCAAGAAGGCCACCGGACUGCGAUUCCUGGAGAAAUGCCAUAUCCAAACUUGGAAGAAUUAAGUCCUCUAAGCGGUGCUGCAUUAUGUUCGACAGAAGGGAAAAGUUACAACCCGUUGCCUUCAAGAAAACAGGUGCAAGAUGUUAUCCCUUUUCAUCAAGAUAGUGGCUUUGACAGCCCACAAAUCCACUUUGAUUGAACACCAGGAUCAAGACUCUGCACAUUCUGGAGAAAGAGAUUCUUAAAUAUAUUUAAAUGAAAGCUGUGAAGGAAGCUGAUUGUGGCUGUUGUGUGAUUGUUUUUUACUUGUUUGUUUCUUAACCUCUAUGUUUUGACUUUUACCUCAGCAAACUCAAUUGUAAAUAUUUAUGAUGGUUUGGGCUACAUCUUUGCUACCUGACCCUCACUAUGUAUAGAUUGGUUUUAUACCCGUGUGUUGUGUUUGAAAUGAUUUAUUUUUAUACCUCAAGAUUAGCGUGCAGCCCAAUGCAAAACUUUUUAUAUUUAUACAGAAAUAAAACUGACACAGUUGUCAAAGAUGUUUCUUGAAA